CUACUAAAUGCCUGCUACCACUGAAUUUUUGAUAUGGAAAAUGGAAAAGUUUAUGGAAAUUGGAAAUACGAAAAACAAAUUGGUUGUGGUGCUUUCGCUAAAGUAUCGCGUUGGAAAAAUAUUAAAACAGAUAAAGAGCUUGUUGUUAAGCAGUGUAAUAGUGUACUCUCUGUGCAGAGUCGCAGACGAUGGAAUGAUGAAAUCAAAUUAUUAAAAAGACUAGAAAGACACAAAAAUCUAGUUGAAGAACGUGAUGUUCCAGAAGAGAUAAUUAAAGCACUGGCAUCUCCUGAGAAUUUGUUGGGGCUUGAGUCAUGUGAAUGUGAUUUAAGGGAGGUUCUUAGUUACACAGGGAACUGUUGCGGUUUGAUAGAAAGUAUGGUGCUUAAAGUUCUUGAAGAUGUUGCUUGUGGUUUAAAUUUUUUGCAUGAAAAAAAUAUUAUUCAUAGGGAUUUAAAGCCAGAAAACAUUUUAAAAGGCCACAAAGGUGAUCAAGUUGUUUAUAAGAUUGCUGAUUUUGGAUUUGCAAAAGAUUUAGACAGAAGUAUGUGCAAGACAGUUCUUGGUACUCAAAACUAUAUGGCUCCUGAACUUUAUGAGUCUCAAAGUGGUUAUACAAAAGCUGCUGAUUAUUGGAGUUUUGGUACUGUAAUCUUUGAGUGUAUUACUGGAAUAAGACCAUUUGACUUAAUUAAAGAGAACAAGUUAAAAGUUAUCUGUAAUAAAAGUGACACUGAAAUAUGGGGGUGUGAAACUCCAGAUGGUGUGAAAUUUUAUUCUGAUAUACCAAUGCCCAAUCGUUUGUGCAAAUCUUUGACAAGUUCUUUAAAGAAAUGGCUUCAACUUGUUUUGUGUCACGAUGCUGAUAAAAGAGGAACAACAGAAUGCUUUAGCAUGAUUAAAGAUAUCUUAAGUAUUAACGAGAUCCAUUUGUUUGACAUUAUGACAUGUCAGGAAACUUCAUAUGCGUGCAAACCAGGUGAUACUGUUCAGAACUUAAAAUUAUUCAUUAAACAAGAGUUUGGUAUAGAAGCUUAUGACCAAUACCUUGUCAAGUUAGGAUCUGAUUUUUUAAGUGAUCAGCAAUGUUUAGAAAAUUAUGUGCAACGCACAGAAGUUGUUUUUGUAUUUCGAGAUAAUAUUGAUGCAACCUACAAAAUAAACAAAGACAUGCCUGAUAGAGUAAAAGAACUUCUUGGACAUUAUGAAGAAAUACAGAAAUAUCAUGAGCUGUUGUUAAAAUGGUCUCAUUGUAUCUACUAUUGUACAAAGCAAUCAAACAACUAUGAUAGACUUUUAGAAGGAAAAAAUGCACUAAUAAAGAUAUUAAAAUGCAGAAUGGAAACCAUUGAUGAGUUAAAAAAUGAACUUACUGAGUUGAUCAUUCAAAAUGAAACAGGAAUUCACUUUUUUAAUAAGAGUCUGGAAACUGAUAUCCAACUCUAUGGUACAGAUGUUCCUCAGGAUGAAUGGCUAAAAGCUCAAACAGAAAUUACAAAAAGUAAUGAUGAUGCUUCAAAUUUAAAAUCAUUAUUAAACGAUAUUUUCAAUUUAAAAUCAGAUGUUGAAAAAAUCUCAGUUGUCAAUGGCAACCAAUUUUCUAAUGAACUAAAGAAAAUAAAGGAACGAGCAGAGUCAGAGCUUUACAACUUAUCGAAACAAAAGUCCAACAAAGUUGAAAGCAAUUCAGCCACUAUGUUUAACAUUGUAUUGGAAAUGCACUCCAAUGAAAAACCAUUUAUAGAGUUUUACUUUCAACUCAAGCAAGUAAUGAAGACAAAAGAAAAAAUGCGAAACAUCAAUGCAGCCUUAUUAAAAAAAAAAUGUGCCCUGAUUAAAUUUAAAAAUUCUAUAUUAGAGGAUUCUGGAUCUCGUAGCCCUAUUAUGAAUGCUACUUAUCGUCCGUUAGUUACUGGUUAUCCGUUUGUUGACUUUUCUCAAACCUCGUAUGAACUCGAAAGUCAAAGAGAAGCACCUGCCGAACAUUUUGUAAAUGAGCCGCGAAUAUUAAAUUUUUAAUUUAAAAAAAAAA